GUCACAAGUUCUUCUUGUCACUGUCAAAAAACACCCAUUUUUAUCUUCCCAGAUCCAUAUAAAAAGAAAUACAAAAAAAAAAAAAAGAAAAAGUUAAAUUGCAAUUUAUAGUUUCUCCGAAAAAUUUAAUUUAUUUCUCUCAUUAAAUGGCUUAUCAAGGUGGUUAUCAGGGAGGCUAUGGCGGUGGCUACAAUCCUCAACAACCACCACAAGGCUAUGGCCAACCCGGAGGCUAUUCAGCACCACCUGGAGCCUUCCCACCACAAAACGUCGGCAUGCAACCGGAGGCUCAACGUUGGUUUGCCAUGGUCGAUCGAGAUCGUUCCGGCAAAAUCAAUGCCGAAGAACUCAAAGCCGCUUUGGUCAAUGGCAAAGGUCAGAAUUUCUCUGACAACGCAUGUAAAUUGAUGAUCAGUAUGUUUGACAAAGAUGCAAGUGGAACAAUUGAUAUCUACGAAUUUGAGAAGCUUUACAAUUACAUUAAUCAAUGGCUGCAGGUUUUCAAGACCUACGAUCGUGAUCAAUCUGGUCACAUAGAAAGAGAAGAAUUAUCUCAAGCCUUUACCCAAAUGGGAUUCCGUUUCUCGGAAGAAUUCAUUACUUUUCUAAUGAAAAAAAGCGAUCCAGGAGCACAAAAAGAAAUCUCUGUGGAUCAAUUUAUUGUGCUCUGUGUACAGAUUCAGCGAUUCACCGAAGCCUUUAGAGUCCGUGAUACACAACAACAGGGACAAAUAACAAUUGGCUUUGAGGAUUUCCUUAGUGUAGCCAUCGGAUGCUCUUACUGAUGUGGUCGUCGUCGUCGUCGUCGAUUAUCCAGCUGCUCAUUCCGAAGAAGCCUCUUGCUCACACUUCAACAACUUCGAAAUAAUCCAAAAAACAUGUAUCUGCAGAUUUAUUUUAGUUGACUUUUGUACUAACUUGAGUCACUCCCUUUUUCCUGUUUUCCAUCUUUCUUUUUUAGAAUUCUUUUUUAAUUGUAAUUUCUCUGUUUUAUUUUAUGCUAAAAUCGUAGAUGUAGAUUCAUAACUAAAACAAAAAACACUCAGAAAUAUUAUACUUGCAAGCAAUCAAUAUUAUACAACAAACUCUUCUAAUCAAACAAAGUACAAAACUUUGCUCUUAGCUUGGGAUUGUGGUUAUAAUUAUUAAUUAUGAUUGGAACAUUUGUAUGCGUAGAGUAGAUCAGUAUCAUAUUAUAGUAAUCUCAGAACUUGAAAUCAGAUAAAAAAGAAAUAGUGAGAAAAAAAAAACAAUGUAAAUUCCAUUUAUUUGUAAUAAAAAGAAACUAAUAUAAAAGGUA